AUGAUUGUUCUUACGGGUUCUACCGGCGGUAUAGGCCGCGUCGUGCUCCAGACGCUCCUCUCAGAGAAGCUGGUCCAGGUCUCAGAUCUGCGAAUUUCAUCCUACAAUACGGCUGCCAUCCCGACUGCCGUCCGUGAAACCGGGAUUCAGAUUCGCAAGGGCAACGUAUAUGAGCCGUCAACGCUGGUGGAGUCGUACUCCGGCGCAGAGGUGUUGUUCUUGGUGUCGUUCCCUUCCAUGGGCGAGGAACGAUACAAGCUGCACCGAAACGCCAUCGAUGCCGCGAAGGCCGCAGGCGUGCGCCACAUAAUCUACACCUCGCUGUCAUUCUGUGGCGGAGCCGAAGGCAACGCCAGCGUCGCUCAGGUCGCGCAGGCCCACCUCCUGACCGAACGCUACCUAAAGGAAAGCGGGAUUACCUACACGAUCCUCCGUAUGGCGUCGUACUCGCACCUAUGGAACAACUAUGCCGGAUUUCUAAAGCUGGAUGCCACUCCCAACGUCGUCCAGGACGCUGUGCUACCCAAUGACGGCUUUGAACACUGGGCGAAUAGGGCUGAGCUGGGGGAGGCCACCGCGAAGGUCAUCGCGAAUUGGCAAAAUCACAUCAACGAAACCCUAAAUUUUACUGGUCCCGAGCUCUUGACUGGGGUUGACAUCAUCAAGAAGUACAUGAAGCAUACCGGCAGGAAGGUCAACGUUCGCGUUUUGCCCGUUGAAGAGGCCAUCGCAUGGCACAUCAAGAAUGGCAGUGUGCCACCGGAGCAAGUCAGCUUCCUUGAGAACUGGGCGAGCUGGCACACUGCUAUUUCGCUUGGUGAAAAGGCCUUCCUUGAUCCUACCUUGGAACAGCUGCUAGGCCGGAAGCCUAAGACGAUUGAUGACCAGGCUGAUGAGCUUUUCUCAGCAUCAAACGACCUCGACACUAAGGACCUGGUGGGAAUUUAA